AUGGUGGGACGUUAUAUAAAUGUGGUCGUGACUGGACGUACAUGUACCCUCGCUCUCUGUGAGGUUGAGGUCUAUGAUACAGAGAAUAUAGCACGUAAAGGAACGGUUAUACAGCCAUCAACAUAUAACACUAGGGUAGCUAAAAACGCCAUAGAUGGAAUAAGAUAUGGAUCAGUUGAAGCCUAUUGCUCCUGUACCGGACUUGAAGCUACACCAUGGUGGAGGUUGGAUCUCUUGGAUUAUUAUACUAGUACAAUAAUAAUCACUGCUAGAUCAGACGGUUAUUUUGGUGAAACCAAUGGAGCAGAGAUUCGGAUUGGAAACUCACUGGAAAACAAUGGAAACAACAAUCCCAUAUGUGGUGUAGUAUCUGGUGUCACUGGCAGUACCAGUACCUUCAGUUAUGCGUGUGAUGGAAUGGAGGGACGUUAUGUGAAUGUGAUCCUACCUGGACCUGGUCAUCUCACUGUAUGUGAGAUGGAGGUCUAUGGAAAACGUGUUUUAAAAAAAAUCAUUUUGAGACUGAAAUUUCUCUCCCGUGUUGAUGCAGCGGCUCUGAGCGACAAAAUCCUCUCUCAGCUGCAGUCUGCUCUGUCAUUAUACAUCUCUGAUUUUAAACUGUCCUGGACACAACGCCCUUAUAAAGUGAAGGUGAAACAACAGAACACAGGCAAGUUCGCUUUCUGCACAUGCGCACUUUUAUGUGUGUAUGGUGAGCUACGGCUUCAGCCACUUAUUGAAGCUUGCGUCCUCACCGUGUUUUUUCAAAACGUCUGA